GAGAACAAAGACAUCAGAGUCUAUUUAAAGAGGAGCGCGCGCUGAUCCCGCAGCUCUGCGCACCGCACACUCCGCUGCGCCACGCACCAGCUUCCUGCGGCUCGUGACGAUGCGGACUUCUCUGCUCAUGUGCUGCUGCGUCCUCGCGCUGCUGUGGCUGCAGAGCGCGCGCUGCCUCCCGGUGCGAGGACACGGUCACUUCAAAGCGAGACCGGUCUCUGAGAAGUUCCCCGACCUGAAGAAGAGAGGGAAAGUGUCUCACGCUCAGGACGUCAUGAAGGACGAGAGUUUGUCCAACAACACCAGGGACGUGUGGAACCGACCUCGCUGCGGCGUACCGGACUUCCCCAGCCAGAAGGGGGUGCACUACCGCGGACGACAGCGCCAGAGACGCUUUGUACUCUACGGAGGGCGUUUGAACAAGAUGGACCUCACCUACAGGAUCGUCCGCUUCCCCUGGCAGAUGGGGGAGGAGAAAGUGCGACGCGUCUUCCAGGAAGCGCUGAAAAUCUGGAGUGACGUGACCCCGCUGACCUUCACCGAGGUCCACAGUGGGAAGGCCGACAUCCGCGUCGACUUCACGAGGUACUGGCACGGAGACGACCUUCCCUUCGACGGCCCGGGCGGGAUCCUCGCUCACGCCUUCUUCCCCAGGACGCACCGACAGGGAGACGUUCACUUCGACUACGACGAGUCGUGGACGCUGGGAAACCACAUGGGCACAGACCUCCUCCAGGUCGCCGCCCAUGAGUUUGGACACGUCCUGGGUCUGCAGCACUCCCGUGAACCAGGAGCCGUCAUGUCAGCGUACUACACCUUCUCCUACCCACUGAAGCUGAGCGAGGACGACAGACGAGGCAUCCAGUUCCUGUACGGAGGUCACCCACAAGUCCUGCCCUCUCCACCGCCGCCGCCUCCUCCUCCUCCACCGCCGCCGCCGCCGCCUCCUCCUCCUCCUCCUCCUCCUCCUCCAUACAACCCAGAGUCCAAUGAGAUCCCGACUAUCCCCGACGCCUGCCACACGGACUUUGACGCCGUGUCCAUGAUCCGUGGAGAGCUGUUCUUCUUUAAGUCGGGCUACGUGUGGAGGAUCAGGGACGGACACCUGGAGAGUGGGUACCCGGCGCUGGCGUCACGACACUGGAGGGGGAUCCCCGACAACAUCGACGCCGCCUUUGAAGACAAGUCAGGAAACAUUUGGUUCUUUCAAGGUGAGAAUUACUGGGUGUUUGACGCUGAGAUGCAGAUCCAGGCCCCGGAGUCCAUGAGGAGUCUGGGUCUGCCGGUCUCUGGGAUCCAGGCCGCUCUGCGCUGGGGCCACGACUCCAACUACAACACCUACUUCUUCAAGUCCGGAAGCUACUGGAAGUUCAGUCCGCGUGAGAACCGCGUGGACUCAAUCUACCCGCGCAGCAUGCAGGACUGGAUCGGUAUCCCCGAGGACGUGGACGCCGCCUUCAGGGACAUCUACGGUUACGCUCACUUCAUCCGAGGACGUCAGUACUGGAAGUUCGACCCCGUGGCCAUGAACUCGUUGGAGGGUUACCCUCGUUACGUGGGCGUGGACUUCUUCAGCUGCAGAAGCGCGUGAGACUCGGCUCGACGGACACUGUUUUCUUUUUUUCCUUUUUUUCUUUUUGACAAUGAAGAGUUUGAAAUGUCGGACGGAGACGAGACGUCGCCGUCACUCAGAUCAACUUCACAUUCUUCUCAGGAAAAACCACGUGACUCCUCCUCAUCCCGGGCUCCUCCUGUGCAGCUAUACUCAUAUUUAUUAUGCACACGUUUGCCACCGUGAGGCUGAGAUCUGCGCCGUGUGUUACCACACUGAUGUGAACCGUUCACUCUUCUCUGAGCCUCGUGUUUCUGCGUCUGCAGUGGACGACGUGUUUCUGUUCCUCGUCACGCGCUCGCUGAGCGUCCAGUGUUUGAAAAGUGGCGUCACGUGGACGCGUGGACUCGUCCCCGAGCUGCUGUAGGUGGCGCUGUGGGAGACCAAACAAACUUUGAGAUUUGUGUUUUAUUCAAACAAAAACGCCUGCUGUUUAAACUGUUUUCACACGCGCUAAAGCCUCAAAAACACUCACUGUCAAAAUCAUGUCAGGUCAACAGGGGGCGAUAGAAAACGACCUGCGACGUCACUCUGAUAUUUUAACCUUUAACUUUUUCCCCCGAGCAAAGAAUGAGAAAUUAAAAAAUGAAGAAAUUCAGUCUAAAAUAACCUCGCGUCCCAUCACGACGUCACUUUUCUAACGAGUCACUACGUCUCAGCUUGUCCUUCAGGAAGAGCUGCAGGGCGCCACCUACAGCUCACAGCAGACAACCGUCCUCACGUCUCGUCUGUAACAUGGUGAUGCUUUCAGGUGACUCCGUGUAACGUUCAGGCGACUCUGUGACAUUCAGGCGACUCUGUGACAUUCAGGUGACUCUGUGACUGUGUGACGUUCAAGCGACUCUGUGACGUUCAGGCGACUUUGUGACGUUUGGUUGACUCCGUGUAACGUUCAGGCGACUCUGUGACGUUCAGGCGACUUUGUGACUCUGUGUAACGUUCAGGCGACUCUGUGACGUUCAGGCGACUCUGUGACGUUCAGGCGACUCUGUGACUCCGUGUAACGUUCAGGUGACUCUGUGACGUUCAGGCGACUUUGUGACUCCGUGUAACGUUCAGGUGACUCUGUGACUGUGUGACGUUUGGUUGACUCCGUGUAACGUUCAGGCGCCUCUGUGAUGUUCAGUUGACUCUGUGUGACAUUCAAGCAACUCUGUGACGUUCAGGCGACUAUGACUCUGUGUGACGUUCAGGCGACUCUGUGACUCCGUGUAACGUUCAGGCAACUGUGUAACUUUCAGGCAACUAUGUGACUCCGUGUAACGUUCAGGUGACUGUGUGACGUUUGGUUGACUCCGUGUGACGUUCAGGCGACUCUGUGACUCCGUGUGACGUUCAGGCGACUCUGUGACUCUGUGUGACGUUCAGGCGACUGUGUGACUCCGUGUGACGUUCAGGUGACUCUGUGACUCCGUGUGACGUUCAGGCGACUCUGUGACUCCGUGUGACGUUCAGGCGACUCUGUGACUCCGUGUGACGUUCAGGCGACUCUGUGACUCCGUGUGACGUUCAGGUGACUGUGUGACGUUCAGGCGACUCUGUGACUCCGUGUGACGUUCAGGCGACUGUGUGACGUUCAGGCGACUCUGUGACUCCGUGUGACGUUCAGGCGACUGUGUGACGUUCAGGCGACUGUGACAUCAGUGGUUCUCCACCUGCUCAGUCACAGAAAAAAAAUCUAAUCACAUUUAAGAUGAAAUUAUUGCAGAGUAAUUUUAUUUUGUUAUUAUUGAUUCAGCUCUUAGUUAUUUUAUGAUAUUUAAGUUUCUCAGAUUCCAGUUUUCUGUCCAAUCUUCACAUUUGUGAAACUAAAAAGUACAAAUAUCAAACUACUUAACGAUGCAGCUCAAAAAUAUUGAACUUUUUAACCGUAAAGUGACUGUGUGUGUGUGUGUGUGGGGGGGGGGAGAGUGUG